AUGAGCUUCAGUUGUACUUAUGAAGCAAUGGAGUUGAUGAAUGUCAUCGAAGAGGACCAGCAGCCGUCCGAGAUCUUGACAAUGCGAUGAAAAAGCCACGAACAAAUAAAAAACCACAAGAUUAGAACAAAAAAGGUAGAUGUUCGCGAAAUGGACGCGAUAUUUAUAUGCUCUUGUGCGACGUGUCACAGUCUAAGGCAACGCGGCAACGUGACUCGGCCUUUUCUUUAGAUGACGUGUCCUUCCUCACUCAAUCCUUUUAGCUGGUUUGCACCGGAGGGGUUGGAAAAUUGAAGUUUUCAUCAAUUUCUUCGAUAGAUAAAGGGUAAGAUAGAUUAUUCAGCCGUCAAAGAAGUUUAAAGAAAGAUCGAAGCUAAAUAAGUAUCGAAGAUAGGAAGCCUAUAGCUUCUAGUUUAAUGAAGAGCUCUCUCAUUUCGAAACUUUCUUGAGCUCAAGAAAGUUUCGAAAACCGAAGAGCAAAAAGACCGAUUAAAUUUAAUUAUCUAAAAAUUACAAUGAUUUCAGAAAGAAAUCUUGGGAUCGAACUUCGCGAAGUUUUAAAAUUAAAUUAAAAUCAAAAUUAACAGAUGAAGUUUCAGCGUGAAUUGAAACGUUUCUUCUGCAGGUCAAACUGAAGAUUUGAUCGUUACAGCACACAUUUGCAAAGUUUUUAAAGUUUUCUAUGCCGUUUUCAAAGUAAUUUCCGCGAAAUGCAAAAUGAUCUCUGACUCUCCAAAAUUUAGUGAUCUUUUCCUUUCUCUGACAGCUAUUUUGAAUUUCGCGGAAAUUACUUUGAACACGGCACUAUCUUUUUUGAUUUAUUUUUUUUUCCUCAAAAAGCACAAUUGAUUACUGAUCUUGAUCUUCGUAUUGAUAGCCACUCAAAUCCUCUCAAAGCAACUCAAUCAACACCUGUUCUAUUUUUCGAUGAUACGCAUUUUUACAGCAUCACGCUGAGAUAAAUUGCUCUUCUCAACAUUCUUCAUGUUUUUUUUGUGCCUCUUUUUUUUCUUGUUUAACAAUCUCGGUAAGCAGCUUUAAUAGUCUUUCUUUUUUCUAUAAAAGGGCGUUCGAAAAUUUUUUCGAAUUGCAGAGUCCUGACUAGGGCAUGGUCUCCGCUCGACAACGAGUUGAGAAUUGAGACUUUGUGGGUGAGUAGGCCUAGGUAAGAGUACUCGGAAUCAAAAAGAAAAUUCUGCUAAACCCCACAGGCAGCCGGAGAAAAGCUCGUCGAAAGUUUUCCAGCGCGCAUAUGGCCGCGCUCGGAGCCUUCGGCUAUAG